UAGUUGAACUACCUAAUUUGAAGGUAAGAAUUAUGUGUUUAAUGUCCCUUUUGUUCGGAGUCUAGCGUUAAACUUGAUAGAUGAAACCUAUAUACUGGAGUCCUCUACAUGAUAUCUCAAGCGUUCUUCGUGCGACAUGGUUCUACAAGAAUACCAUGCUGCCCGUGGAAACGGAGCUUGCCAAUAAACUCGAGGAUGGAUAUGUAUAUCUGAAACCUUGGUCCGAGACAUGGCAAGAUGAGCUCAAUAGCUGCGUGGAAAAUGGUGCAGACGCCGAAAUGAAAAUCGUACACAGAUUAUGGCCGAAAGACGAUCCCAAGCGUCUCAGUUCAGUCACUUUAACGCAUGAUCAAGUAACUUCAAGUCCUGUUCCGGGCGGACCUGAGAGAGUUGCCACCCCUAAUCCGGCUAUCGCCUCUCUUGAUGAGUGCCGGGCUGCUGGUGGACCAGCUGCACAUUCGGAAGCUGUCAAGCAGUACAUCAAUUCUAGUGUGAUUUAUGUUGAUGGCAGAGAUGCGCAGAUUCUUCGACCCAGCUUAUUACCAUCGGUAUCGAGAGGAAGAAGACCACUUAGUGCAAUUCGUAAAGGGCGGCAAAUUGGCAUACCGGUUAUUCGUGGCUUCAAUCGACGAUUAUGGGACCAGCUACAUCCAUCUAAGCCUAAUCCUGUUGAUGUCAGGAACUACCUCCGCAGUACUCAGUCCCGCACUAUAUCCACAGCAAGUGGCGGUAGGCAGAUUUGCUAUGCUUGUGCCAUAGAAGAGAUGCGUCCCACACCAACUGAUCUAGUACUUGUCAUCCAUGGCAUAGGUCAGAAGCUGUCGGAACGUAUGGAAAGCUUCCACUUCACACAUGCGAUUAAUGCCUUUCGCAGGAAUAUAAAUAUGGAAUUGAACAGUGAGCCAGUGUGGCCACAUGUACGCCAGGGUCAUGGAGGUAUCAUGAUCCUCCCUGUCAAUUGGCGGUCGACUUUGUCUUUAGAGGACGCCAAUUUCGACUCCCAGGGCGUUGAGGAUCCAAUUAGCAAUAAGUUCACCCUGCACGACAUCACUCCGGAGACGAUACCUGCCGUUAGGUCUUUGAUAAGUGAUGUCAUGUUAGAUAUUCCUUAUUACAUGUCGCAUCAUAAGCCGAAGAUGAUUCAGGCAGUUGUCAAAGAAGCCAACCGCAUAUUUCGGCUAUGGUGUAAGAAUAACCCUGGUUUUCAACAAAAUGGCCGCGUGCAUUUACUUGCCCAUUCCCUCGGAAGUGCAAUGGCGUUAGAUAUACUCAGUCAUCAGCCCACACAUGUACCCGAUAUUGAUUUCGCCAAGACUAGUAUUCCUGGAGACAUCUUCGAAUUUGACACUAAGGACUUAUUCAUCUGUGGAAGUCCGGCUGGGUUCUUCUUACUACUCAACAAAGCGAAUCUUUUGCCGCGGCGUGGAAGGGAGAAACCUGGCUGCGAAGGUGAUGAUCUAGUGCGUGGUGUGGCAGGAGAAGCAGACACAUAUGGAUGUUUGGCUGUUGAUAACCUCUACAACAUUAUGCAUACGACUGACCCAGUCGCGUACCGUGUUAACGCCGCCGUCGACAGCGACCUAGCCAACUCACUUAAAGUAACUUCUAUUCCCAGCACAUCAGCAUCAUUCUGGAAGUCAUUCGGUAGCGUGUUUCGUUGGAGUUCAGCUCCAUCCAUAAUGGCCGCCGCUAAUGUAGCACCAUCUCGUCCUGCCGCCAUUUCAAAGCUUCCCUCCAAUGUUGAGCUUGAAACCCACGACUUCACCCGCGAAGAGAUCGCAGAAAAACGUAUGCUUCUACUCAAUGACAAUGGCCAGAUAGACUACUACCUUUCCGGUGGCGGUGGACCCUUAAACAUCCAAUACUUGAAUAUGCUGAGUGCGCAUAGCAGCUACUGGACCCUUUCAGAUUUCGUGCGAUUCCUUGUAGUAGAAAUCGCUCGCAAGCAAGGUAAAGAUCAUACCAUUCCUGCGUUUCGGGCUGAGAAGAAAAAGAACUGGAAAGUCCACAAAGGUUGAUCAAUGUAGACGAUCUUCGUACUAAUCAUACUGCUCCUUCUAUCUGUUCGCAUAUUUAUAGCGGUCGAGGUUUUAUUUGGUGUGAUGUCCUGUUCGGAAGCGUGGGAUAGACAUGGAUUUUCUCUCUC